AUGUACCUUUGAGAACUUUGUGUGCAUGCUGAAUACCUCAGUGAUGCUUAUCGUUUUGUUGCGGUGGAAGCUUCCAUCUUACUUCCAUAAUGGAUUCAUUGAAUGACUUGACAUGCAAAUUGUUGUUGCCAUCCUUCAUGCAUUCCUUAAUGAUAUGAAGACACCUGGUAGUUGCCACCAACCACAAUCAUGGCGGCCAAGAAGACGACUCCACUUCUGAGCCGCCUCAGAGGGGCGAUUCACAAGGUACGCUUCCUGCUCUCCUUCGACGCCACCAAAUGGAUCGCUAUCUCCUCCUUCAAGAGAUCGUCGCCGGUGCCUCUUCGCCCGCUGACCUUCACCGCCCGGCCCAGCUUGCUCGGCUGCACCGACGACUACUACGACGCCCGCUCCUCGUUCGCGCUCUCGAGGACGAUGAGCCCGUGCUCUCCUGCGUUGACGACGCCUAGCCCGGUCCCGGAGAUCUCGAGAUCGACCAGUGAUGCGUCUUCCGGGGAUGACAUCGACCAGAGGGCGGAGCGGUUCAUAGAGAACUUCUACCGCCAGCUGCGCAUGGAGCGGCAGGUCUCUCUUGAGCUGAGCUACCGCAGAGAGAAGAGCUUGGAGAGGUCGCCUGGAACAGUACAGUAAGCUGUGCUUGAUUGAUUACUGCAUUGAAGCUAAAAAGAGGUUCUUUACGAUAGAAAUAAGAUUUCCCUAGCUAUACUAGGAAAUCUGGAAAAUCCUCUUCAAUAAAGCUUCUACGAUAAUUAUUUUUAUCUUCUAUUAUUUUCUUAAUUUUCAUCCUUUCGAUUUGUUCUCCAUAAUUCUCCCACGAAACUUUUGAUGCAUUACAUUACAAUUCAGACACAAAGAAUACAACAAUCUUAAUUUUCUGGUUUUAAUUCCAGAUGAGAUUUUGUGGUUCU